AUGAGACCCUUUGACAGUGGACACGAAGAUUUAAUUCACGAUGUUGCAUACGAUUUUUACGGGAGAUUCGUUGCAACCUGCUCUUCUGAUCAACACAUCAAAGUCUUUAAACUGGAUAAAGAAACUACAAAAUGGGAAUUAAGUGACUCAUGGAAGGCCCACAACAGUAGUAUUGUCUCUAUCGAUUGGGCAAGUCCAGAGUACGGUCGUAUUAUUGCUUCUGCCUCAUAUGAUAAGACAGUAAAAAUAUGGGAAGAGAAUCCUGAUCAAGAAGAAAAUUCAGGUCGCCGUUGGAAUAAACUAUGUACAUUAAAUGAUUCUAAUGGUUCUCUUUAUAGUGUCAAGUUUGCUCCUUCUCAUUUAGGUUUGAGAUUGGCAUGCAUAGGUAACGAUGGCAUUUUAAGAAUAUAUGAUGCUCUGGAACCAUCAGAUUUAAGAUCAUGGACUUUGACUACAGAGAUUAAAACUUUACAAACCCCACCAGCAAAUAACUUGCAAUCCGAUUUUUGUUUAUCUUGGUGUCCUUCCAGAUUUUCUACUGAAAAAUUGGCAGUCUGUGUCCUAGAUCAAGCUCUUAUAUACCAAAGAGGUAAGGACAAUAAAUUUCAAAUUAUAGGAAAAUUAUUAGGACACAAGGGCCUAGUGAGAAGUAUAAGUUGGGCACCAUCCAUUGGUAGAUGGUAUCAAUUAAUUGCUACUGGCUGUAAAGAUGGGAAAGUUCGUAUUUACAAAUUGACUGAACGCUUAGCAAAUGGAGAAUCUGCAUCCGAAUCCAGCAAUAAUAUGUUGGAUGACUUUGCGCAAGAUAAAGAAAGUUUAGAGCCUUCACUUGAGAUCGAACUAUUAAGUGAGCACGAUGAUCACAAAUCAGAGGUAUGGUCAGUUUCUUGGAAUUUAACAGGCACAAUAUUGAGUAGUGCAGGUGAAGAUGGAAAAGUUCGUUUAUGGAAAUCCACAUAUUCUAAUGAAUUCAAGUGUAUGUCAGUAAUCAAUGCUCAACAAUAA